AUGGACUUUCCCAGUCCAGACCUCAUCCAGAACAUCAUUGAGAUAAAUAGGCAACAAGGAAGAGGUUCAUCUGAACGCCUAGUAGAGCCUGAACCAGAGCCUGAACCAGAGCGUGAACCAGCAGAGCUUGAACCAGCAGAGCAUGAAGAACCUGAGCCAUCAGAGACUGAACCAGCAGAGCCUGUAGAACCUGAACCAACACAACCCGAGCCAAUAGAAGAGCCUGAACCAGAGCCGGAACCAGCAGAGCCUGAACCAACAGAGCAUGACAAACCUGAACCAGCAGAGCCUGAACCAGCAGAGCCUGAGCCAGGAGAGCCUGAGCCAGUAGAAGAUCCUGAACCAGUAGAAGAGCCUGAACCAGCAGAGUCUGAACCAGCAGAGCCUGAACUUGCAGAACCUGAACCAGCAGAGCCUGAACCAGCAGUGCCUGAACUCGCAGAACCUGAACCAGUAGAGCCUGAGCCAGUAGAGCCUGAGCCCGCAGAGCCUGAACCUGCAGAGCUUGGACCAGCAGAGCCUGAACCUGCAGAGCUUGGAGAAUCUGAACAAAGAGAGCCUGAACCAGCAGAGCCUGAAGAACCUGAACCAGCAGAGCUUGAGCCAGGAGAAGAGCAUGAACCAGCAGAGCCUGUACCAGUAGAUUCUGAACCUUUAGGGGAGCCUGGACCAGCAGAGCCUGAGCCAGUAGAGCCUGAACCAGCAGAGCCUGAACUCGCAGAACCUGAACCAGCAGAGCCUGAGCCAGUAGAGUCUGAACCUUCAGGGGAGCCUGAACCUGCAGAGCUUGAACCAGCAGAACCUGAACCAGCAGAACAUGAAGAACCUGAACCAGCAGAGCCUGAACCAGCAGAGUCUGUACCAGUAGAUUCUGAACCUUCAGGGGAGCCUGAACCAGUAGCGCCUGUACCAGCAGAGCCUGAGCCAGUAGAGCCUGAACCAGCAGAGCCUGAACCAGCAGAGCAUGAAGAACCUGAACCAGGAGAACCUGAACCAGCAGAGCAUGAACCAGCAGAGCCUGAGCCAGUAGAAGAGGAUGAACCAGCAGAGCCUGUACCAGUAGAUUCGGAACCUCCAGGGGAGCCUGAACCAGUAGAGCCUGAACCAGUAGAGCCUGAACCAGCAGAGCCUGAACCUGCAGAACGUGAGCCUGCAGAGCCUGAACCUGUAGAGAUUGGACCAGCAGAGCCUGAACCAGGAGAGCCUGAACCAGCAGAGCCUGAACCAGGAGAGCCUGAACCUUCAGAGCUUGGACUAGCAGAACCACAACCAGCAGAGCAUGAAGAACCUGAACCAGCAGAGCCUGAACUCACAGAACCUGAACCAGCAGAGCCUCAGCCAGUAGAGUCUGAACCUUCAGGGGAGCCUGAACCUGCAGAGCUUGAACCAGCAGAACCUGAACCAGCAGAACAUGAAGAACCUGAACCAGCAGAGCCUGAACCAGCAGAGUCUGUACCAGUAGAUUCUGAACCUUCAGGGGAGCCUGAUCCAGUAGAGCCUGAACCUGCAGAGCUUGAACCAGCAGAGCCUGAACCAGCAGAGCAUGAAGAACCUGAACCAGGAGAACCUGAACCAGCAGAGCCUGAACCAGCAGAGCCUGAGCCAGUAGAAGAAGAUGAACCAGCAGAGCCUGUACCAGUAGAUUCGGAACCUUCAGGGGAGCCUGAACCAGUAGAGCCUGAACCAGCAGAGCCUGAGCCAGUAGAGCCUGAACCUGCAGAACCUGAGCCUGCAGAGCCUGAACCUGUAGAGAUUGGACCAGCAGAGCCUGAACCAGGAGAGCCUGAGCCAGCAAAGCCUGAGCCACCAGAGCCUGAACCUUCAGAGCUUGGACUAGCAGAACCACAACCAGCAGAGUAUGAAGAACCUGAACCAGCAGAGCCCGAACCAGCAGAGCCUGAACCCGCAGAACCUGAACCCGCAGAACCUGAACUAGUACAGCCUGAACCAGCAGAGCCUGAGCCAGCAAAGCCUGAGCCACCAGAGCCUGAACCUUCAGAGCUUGGACUAGCAGAACCACAACCAGCAGAGCAUGAAGAACCUGAACCAGCAGAGCCCGAACCAGCAGAGCCUGAGCCAGCAAAGCCUGAGCCACCAGAGCCUGAAUCUUCAGAGCUUGGACUAGCAGAACCACAACCAGCAGAGCAUGAAGAACCUGAACCAGCAGAGCCUGAACCAGCAGAGCCUGAAUCAGUAGAGCCUGAGCCAGUAGAGCCUGCACCUGCAGAUUCUGAAUCGGUAAAGACUGACCCAGCAGAACCUGAGCCUAAUGCCGCAUUGCCUGAACCGGCAGAGCCUGAUCCAGUAGCACCUGAACCAAUAGAGCCUGGGGAGCCUGAACCUCCACGGGAGCCUGAACAACCUAAGGAAAAACCUAGGAAGAAGAAGAAAUGUCAUAAGAAACAUAAGACUAACAUAUAAGUAUUAACAUACAAUUCAGUUAUUGUCCAAUGAAACUCAGACCUGUGCCCAAACCACCCCAAAAUAUAUACAAUGUUAAAUCUUCCAAACAUUUAUUUGUCCAGACUUCCAGUGUGUUCUGAGGCCAUGGUAAGAGGCAGCUAAAUAGACUGUAGUUGAUGUGUUGUGAGAUGAGAGUUCCACUCUUCUAAUACAGUUUGAAACAAUAUACAGCAGAGGUGUCAAACUCAUUCCACAGAGGGCCUAGAGUCUGCAGGUUAGACAACCAGUGGAGGGGAGUUCCUUACUAAUUAUUGACCUUAUUUUAAUCAAUUAAGUACAAGGGAGGAGCAAAAACCCGCAGACACUCGGCCGUCCGUGGAACGAGUUUGACACGUGAUACAGUAUAUCUGGUUCUUCUUUAUGUACAUUACAAUUACGGUUGGCUCUCUUCUUCACUAUUACAUGUACAUUUCACCUUAAUAACAUUUGAAAUAAAGAUUAAACCAAUACAUUUAUCUGGUCUUCCUUCAUGUACAUCUUCAUCAACUGAACCGACUAGGCUAGAGCAAGAGCUAGAGUUGCUUGAGUGAGAGCGUGAGAAGCAACCAGUAAGUUCCCCCUCUGCUGGAAGCAACACUGUCAUUCCAAUACACAGUCUGAUGUUUUGAGUACAAUUGCAAUUGCAUGUUUAAUAGAGAAGACAAAUGUGACACUACAUUGCAGUUGAAAAGGUGAUGGUUACUGGUAACUUACUGCUCACUUGGCACUAUUUGAUGAUUUGUUUCCCACCCAAAGAAUAUUGCAACUUCUAACUCAUAACUAAACCCACGGUCAGUAACUCCUAGAGGGUUAAAUGUAAUGGUUCUACUGGAACUAAAACAUCACAUUAAUGUGGUCUUCCAAAUGACCAGAUCCUCCCUCUUGAAAUGUAUCUAUUCAAAGAUUUGGGGUUUAUCAUCGUUUUCUGCGAUGAAACAGGAAAUAAGUUUUAAAAUAAGUCAUACAGCAGAGUUUCUAAAAGUUUAUCUUGAAAGGUAAGUCAAAAACAACUAGAUAUGUCCAGCAGACACACAGAUUGUAAUGUAAUUACAAUGUAAAUUGUAAUGCAUAUAUUGCAUAUGCAUAUAUUAUGAUCCAUAAGAAAAUAGCCGAUGCAUUAAUCAGGUACUGCAUAACAGGAUUUUCUGAGUGCUCUUGAGAAUGGAAUAUGAAAAAGAACUCAGACACAUGCCUACAUGAUGAAGUCAGGUAAGAGCUUUAGGCAUACAGUGCAGAUAAAGGGUGUAUUGUUCUGUCACAUAGGUCAUCAGACCACACAGGUGACUUCUCUGUCUGGUCUAACAUGGGCUGGCUGGGCUGGGUCAAAGUUUCUACAAACAAUGAGUUGGCCUUUAUCCUCCUUUUAUGGUGUAGGAAGGAAGAUGUAGAGUAGUUAUUUUCCAGCGUUGUCAAUGGAAUCUCAAAUGCAUACUUCCUUUUUUUGAUUAUGGACCAUACAGUGGCUCUAUAGACAGUAGAUAAUAGACGGUGCACUAUAAUAGUAUUUAUGACAGUGUAAAGCUCACCGCGAUUACCAGCCUUUUUUCCCUUGAUGUCAUCAACAACCCUUAGAAAAGAAGA